GGAAAUUACCAGUAACAGUAACAAUCGAACGCACCUGCCACGUGCGGGAUUCGAACUCGCAUUAUCGGGAUAACAGAUAUACAUGUCGUAGCUGACCUUUUGACACCACUCUGUCACUAAGAACCACAGCAAAAUAAGAAAAGCACAAACACUGCUUAAAAAGGGAAUAAAAUUUUGAUAAUAGCAAAAUUCUCAUGUACUAAUGGGUGCGUCACUGAUUGGAAGAGGUUUGAUAGUGUAUAUAUGCUUCCUGAAAGAUUCAACAUCCGACACAGUGUCCAAAAUGGUUAAAGCAGCAUUAAAUACCAGACUUAGUGCAAAUGAUGAAGGGAAAUUAGUAUCCAUACUAGAACUUCCAGGAGAUGUGUUGAUUGUACCACAAGCAACACUAGGAGGUUCACUGAAGGGAAAGUUGAUGCAGUAUCAUAAAAACAUUGACAAAGAGGAAGGCAAAAAACUGUACGAUGAAUUUGUGCAAUCAUGUAAUGACAUAGUUAAACAAAACAAUCCCAAUGUGUCUGUACAAAGUGGUACAUAUGGAAACAGACAAGUGUUUAGAACAGACACCAAUGGACCAUAUACUCACAUGAUCGAAUUCUAAUCGUAUCAUUGUAUUGAAUAUUUAUGAUAGAUGCUGUUACAGAAACAAAUAUUAGCCUUUCUAGUUUGAAUUUUUUACAUUUGUGAUUUCAGGGCCAUUUAUAGUAGAGUAUGCAAUAUUGGCUUUGCUCAUUGUUGAAGGCCAUACAGUGACUUAUGCCUGUUAAUUUCUGUGUCCUUUGGUCUCUUGUGAAGAGUUGUGUUGUUGGCAAUCAUAUCACAUCUCUUUUUCAUAUAUAACAGUUUGUGCUUUUAGACCUAAAUUUAUAUAUAGUUUGUUUCCCCAAUCCAGACCCUGCCAAGCCAGGUGUGGGUCGGUAGGUAGGGAAAUAAUUUUAUUUUUCCAAAAAGCUAGAAUAUUAUCAGACAGUCUGGCAAGCCUGAAAAUUUAAAAUGAAUAAAAUAAUAUUUUACUUAGUUAUAACAAUAAAUUUUUAUGAGUAGCACCAUUUUUGCAGGGUUGGUAGGGAUUGGGGAAACAAACAAUAUUUUAUUUUAGGCCUACAAAGGAUUUUGAAUUGAAAAUUUUUCGCUGAAUUAGGAAACAAAUAUAGUGAAGUGUCAAUGGAAAUUUCCUUAUUGUGAAUAGAAUAGAAUUUAAUGGGGUUAACAUUCAGUAAGUAGUUAAUAGCAGACGGCAAACGUACUUGAUUUAAGGUGGAGGUGUAACAGAAUGUAUAGUUUUAUGAUGAGUUGUUUUUUCAUUUUAAAACAA